AUGAGCAUAAAUACUAUAUCGAAGAACCUGCCGGAAAUUUCUGAUGUGGAUUUCGAUGCACUCAUGAAGGAGCUUGCGGAACUCGAAGCAGCGACUGAAGCACCUAUCCCGCCAGAUUCGCCGACGCAACGAGUUGGUGGCGGUGCUGUAUUAGGUACCCGCAUACAGCACCGUAACUCUAUGCUGAGCCUGAAUAACUGUUACGACGAAAAUGAGCUGCGGGAAUUCGCUGAACGCGUCCAACGGUUGUUAGAAGAGGCACCUGUCGAAUACGUUACAGAAUUAAAGAUCGAUGGGUUAGGGGUUUCGUUAAUCUAUGAGAACGGUAUAUUUACGCAAGGUCUCACGCGCGGCGACAGCGAGUACGGCGAAGAUGUAACCGACAACUUACGUACCAUCCGUUCUGCGCCAUUGCGGCUUGUUGAAACGGAAAUAGCCGUGCCACCGGUAUUAGAAGUCCGCGGUGAAGUUUUCCUUCCGAAAGAUUGCCUCAACGACAUUAACAUCCAACGGGAAGCAGAAGGCGAAUUGCCGUUUGCGAACCCUCGGAACGCCGCCGCUGGCUCACUACGACUGUUAGACGCUUCCAUAACGGCAUCCCGUCCGUUGGAUAUUUUCGUAUAUACCCUCAACUACGCCGAGGGAUCUGAAUUCACAACGCAUACAGAGUCCCUCGAAACCAUGAAGGCUUGGGGACUCAAGUGUAAUCCACACACCACCUCCCAUAAGUCGAUUGAAGCGGUCCAAAGCUACUACGAACGCUGGGUAGAAGAAACGCCAUGA